GCCAGAGGUGGACCGCACUGCCCGGUGGGCCUGCGCUCCGCCCGGACCGGUCUGUCCCGGCCCGUCCCGUCCGGUCCGCCCGACCAUGGCGCCGGCGGCGGGGCGCAGGGUGCGGGGCCUGUGGCGCGCCUGCAACUGGCUUAUGGGCGCCUUCUUCGCGCUGGCGGCCUUUGUGCAGGUGAAUGACCCGGAUGCAGAGCUGUGGGUGGUUGUGUAUACGAUUCCUGCCACUCUGACACUGCUUGUUGGACUUAACCCUCUUGUCACAGGUAACUUUAUUUGGAAGAGUGUGUCUGCAAUACACAUAUGCCUUUGUGUCCUGUGGGCUAUCAGCUUGGCAUACAACCUCUUGCUUCAUAAGAAACAGAACCUCUUGCAUGAGGAGGAAGGCAGGGAGCUGUUUGGUCUCGUGAUCAUCACAGCAUGGCUGGGCCUGUGCCACAGCUCUUCAAAGGCUCCAGGUGGUGGAAGAAUUCAGCUGGCCAUUGCUACCACGGUCUCUCUUCUCCCGUUUAUCUCCUGGGUCUACAUAUAUAUAAACAAGGAGAUGCGCUCUUCCUGGCCAGCUCAUUGCAAGACGGUGAUUUAAAUGAAGAAUCCUGUUCCUAAAAUGAGAGUUCUUGAUUUUGUAUAAACAUGGUUGUAACAAGCUGACUUCCUAGGAAUUUAUUUCAGUUGAGUUACUACUAGAGAUGAAUUUUUUUUUGUUUGUUAUCCUAAGAACUUUGUAUGCCUGCCUACAACACAGGACUGGAUGGGACUAGUAAGAGAAGGGUCUGACGUUCUGUUUUAUCAUAGUGUAGUAGGAAAGUUAAGAAGGAGGAAUUCUAACUCUGCUUCAUUACUAUCCAUGUAACUUAGAUAUAAAUCUACUUUAAUUCUUUGGAAUUAAAGAAUUCCAAAGAUAACUGAAAUUCUCUCUUGGAUAAUUCUUUAUCUAUAAAUACCAGCCUGCAUACUUAUUUAUAUAACUGUGAAGAUUAGAGUAGAUAAUAUAAGAGCAUUCCAAACAUAAAGUCCUCUACACAGGGUAACAGAGGAAAGCAGGGUUUGGAUGAUAGACAGGAGUUUAGGAGAGGGCUAUGCCCUUGAACUAACAUCAUUAGACUGGACGGGUACCAUGAAUUAAAUGAGAUGCCGUGAAUUAAAUGAGGACUUCGGGUGAACAAAGUGAACACCUAUGUCUUGGAAAGAAAGGAAAGUUAGUUAAAGGAAUUUGGGACCAAAAAGAAGCAGAUAGGGAAUAUUAAUUACCAUAUGAUUGAAAAGUAAGACCAAAAUCUAUACACAUAUCCUUAACGAAUGUCAAAAGUAGCUCUGGAGAGAUCAUUUCAGAGUUGCACCAUCUGGCAACCACAAGCCACAUGCUGUAUUGAGCACCUGAAAUAAACUGAAGUUUUAAUUUACAAACAUCAAUUAUGACGAAACGGAUACAUGUAUUUGGAACACUUGGGUUAAGCUUGUUUGGAACAACUGAAAUAUGUGAAUCCACUUCUUCAACUGUAAAUUUUGUACCUAAAUACAGACCAAGUUUCCAAUGAAAAGUUAUUGUCCAAAUGGAUGGAUUAUAAGCAUAAAACACACAUGACAUUUUAAACUUAGUAUAAAAAGAAUGUAAAAUAUUUUUAUAUUGAUUACAUGUUGAAAUAACAUUAGAUAUAUUGGAAUAAACAGUAUUAUGAAAAUUAA